AUGCUCGGACUAGCGGACGCUCUCGAAGACGCAGCCCAGGCAGCAGCGGAAGCUGUACAGGAUUUCCUCAUAGAGUUCAACAAUCCGCCAGCUGCGUUGGGCGGGCUCGGAGCGGCAUGGCCCCCCGUACGCGGACCCUUCAAUGGCCCCAACGAGGGGCUCGACAUGCCAUUGGCCGCGCCGGAAGUCCGCCCGGAACUUCCAUUCUUCGGCAUGGGACGCGCGAGGUACCCCGUCAUUGGAGACACAGUAACCGCGCGAAUUUAUUUAGGCAGAGGAAACGGGGUAGCCAGCCCUGCCCACGGAAGCCAGGUGCGAUGCAACCUGUGCCCACCGGACUGGGCAAAAUUAUCCUUGCCUAACCACGCGAAGGACUGCUGCCCCGAACACACCGUGACGUCACAGCGAUCGACGGAAGAAGUGGAGGCCUACCGGAAGGCCAAUGACGUCGCCGUCACGGGACGCGACGUGCCCGAUCCCGUCCUGCACAUCGACGAAGCCAACUUUCCCGAAUUCCUGAGGAGAAACAUCCAGGCGCGGAACCCUGGAUCGCCGGUGACUGCGUUGCAAACACAGUGCUGGCCAGUAGCACUACGCGGCAGAGAUCUCGUGGCCGUCAGUAGCUCAGCUUCCGAAGAGAACUCACUUGCCUACUUGGCCCCGGCCAUAGUCCACGUACAGCGCCAGCCGUCCAUGCCACGCGGUUGUGGCCCUAUAGUACUGGUUCUGACGGCGACCCAGGAAGCUGCCCAGAAGGUUCGGGUUGUCUCUGACGUUCUCAUCGAAGGGUCCGGGAUGCGAACCAUGUGCCUCGCGUCCGGGUAUGCGAAGCGGCCGCAGCUGAAGCAACUCGAAGAAGGCGCCGAGAUCUGCAUUGCCACACCCGGUCGCCUCCUAGCCUUCAUGGAGGACCUGAAGGUGAACCUGCGCCGCUGCACUUACUUUGUAUUGGACGAAGCGGACCGCAUGUUAGCGAUGGGAUUCGCCGAACACCUUCGCACUGUAGCGGCGAAUGUGAGACCCGACCGCCAGACGCUCGUGUGGCUCGCGGAGUGCACCGAAGACACGCAGGAACUCGUGGAAAAACUGACCAAGGACUGUAUAACCGUCAGUGUAGGCACCGUGGUCCAGAAGUAUCACAGCUGGCGCGUGAAACACAUCGCCGAUGUUUGCGAGGAGUCCGCAAAGGAAGAAAGGCUCGUAAGCCUCUUGAAGGACGUCAUUCAAGACGAGAGGGACAGGAUGAUAGUAUUCGUCGAGAGGAAGCAAACGGUGGAAGACCUGAUGUGGAGCGUCCGCCUUCAGGGCUGGCCAGCCGUUGGUAUCUACGGCGGGCACUCGGAACAAGAACGCGAGUGGGCCCUGAACGCCCUUAGUUUCGGCAAGGUACUCGUCUUGGUGGCGACCGACGUGGCUGGGAGGGCUAUCAACGCGGAAAACGUGCGCUUCGUCGUCAACUACGACUGCCCGAGCAGUCAGGACGAGUACCGGCGCCGCUUCAAGUACGCGGUUCGUACAGACGGGACCGGUGUGGUGUACACCUUCUUGGGACGCGACGACAGCCGCCACGCUGAGGAUCUGACGCGGUUUCUCAGAGAGGCCAAAUUGGUAGUACCGCCGCUACUACAGGAAAUGGCGAAGAAGGUUGCACGAAGAUAG